CGCAGGGACCCCAAUUCUCCGGGAUUGCCUAUUUUUCAUAAUAUCAAACUUCAUUUUUGUUUAAUAAGGCCCGGCCGGAUCCGGCUGGAUUUUUCCGCGAUUUCCAGAUUAUUUCCAGCCCGUAUUAAUCCGAGAAAUCUUGUCUGAUCCUAUCUUUUGUCUUCUCUACUUUUUUCAGUUAAAAUUUAAUUAAAAAUGUCUUCUAAUUAUCAUCGAAAGCCUUAUUUUCGUUCAAAUGCUGGAACUUCAUCCCAAAAGAAUGCAAUUACUCCAGGACUUUGUGGCCUUUUCUUUACUGCAGAAAAUGAACAGAGGGCGGUUCCGGAAGCUAAAAAUUUGAUUGACCGCUUUUUGGAGGAAGAAAGUUUGAAUUUGAGGACAGAAAAGACUGUACCUUCAGACACAACAGAAAAGUCUGAAGACAUUUCCGAUUCAUUAAAAUCAGCCUGUCAUCAAUAUAAACGUGGACAUAAAUCAGCUCUUCGACAAUUAGAAACAAAAGCACGCAACACACUUUUCUUCAUUUCUCCUCAAAUUACGCCAGAAAAUGUUUAUUCACUUGCUGAAAAGAUGGUUAAAUUAUGUUUGGAAGAUGAGGCUCAAACUCGUUUUUUGGCUAAGGUAAUUCCAAUAGAAGAGACUUGUUAUGCCAGUAUGCCACAAAUUUUGUCAUCUCUUAGUGGAAUGCUUUCAAAACAUUUGGAAAAAUUUUCAAAAGAUUUUGAUUUUCCACCUUGUUAUGCAAUUGAUUUUAAAGCUAGAAAUACUCAAGCAAUUGAAAGACAACCAGUUUAUGAUGAAGUUGUUGCUUUAAUGAAUGAACAAUCGAAAGGAAGUAAAGUUAAUUUGACUAUGCCUGAUUUGUUAAUUGUUGUUCAUGCAAUUCGGACAGUUGCAUUUCUCUCAAUUAUUCGCAAUUAUGCCCAGAACAAAAAAUAUGUAUUGCGAAAGCCGCCACCAGCUGAAGAAAACAAAGAAAAGAAGGAAAAGGUUGAGGAUGAGAAAGAAGAGAAUGGUGAUAAUAAAGUUAGUGGGGAAAAUGAGGAUAAAUCUGAUGAAGGGGAAGAAAUUGCUAAAAAUGAAAAGGAGGAUGAGGGGGCUGGGGUGGAUUGACAAUCAAAAAAUUGAUAAAUUAAAUUAUUUUAAUUUAUUUUUUGA